ACUAAAGAAGAAAGAAAAAAACCCGUCAAAACAAAAAAUAGGACACACAAACAAAAGAAGAAGUCUCUAACCCUAACCCUCGAUUACAAUUUACAAUUUUCUCUCUCUAGAUUCAUCUAUUUCAGCCUUUUCAUCGAAAUUAAAAGUUGAAUACGCAAUUUCGAAUUUCCAGCAUCAAAUUCCUUCAUCGAAUUUGCGGAACAGAUAAUACGAGUGAGAGAAGAAGAUUGCGCGCAAAUUAAACUGUUUCUACGAGAUCGGAAACUUCGAUCUUCUAUAUAUUUGAAGGUUGGAUGACCUUGCAAUUGGCACCUAGCUAUGGCAUCAAGUACGGUAACUGGAGACAGAAGAUUGGCUUCUACAAGAAGAGGGGGCAUGACUGUCUUGGGAAAAGUUGCUGUUCCGAAGCCUAUAAAUUUACCUAGUCAAAGGUUGGAGAAUCAUGGUUUGGACCCCAAUGUUGAAAUUGUUCCCAAGGGUACUCUCAGUUGGGGGAGCCGGCCAUCAUCAGCUGGAUCAAAUGCAUGGGGUACCUCUGCAUUGUCACCAACUACCGAUGGUAGUAGUUCCUCACCCAGUCACUUGCUAGGUCGUCCUUCUUCAGGCGGUGGCACUCGACCUUCAACUGCUGGGAGUGACAGAGCUCAUGAUUCUAAUGUCAAUGUCUGGGGUUCGAAUUCAAGGCCGUCAUCAGCCUCAGGGGUUUUGGCAUCCAAUCAUGCUUCAGCAGCAUCAUCACGCCCUCGCAGUGCUGAUAAUAGACCUGGUAGCUCGCAUUUAUCUCGUUUUGCUGAACCUGCACCAGAAGGAUCUGGGGUGUGGGGUGCAACAGGAGCUGCAGAACGAAUGGGGGUUGUUUCCUCUGCAAAGGACGGGUUCUCCUUGAGUACUGGAGAUUUUCCAACGCUUGGUUCAGAGAAAGAUGAAUCUAAAAUGAACAUGGAGCCCUUAGAUCAUGCUUCUCACGGACGUCCUGGCUCUUCUGGUGGAGUGAGAACCAUGGCAGAUAGUAGAGGGAUUGCCCAUGGUGAUGAUGUUUUCAGAAACUCAGAUGUUAAAGGUAAUUCUUGGAGGAAAGAUAGUCCUCCAUUUGUUGAAGAUGGGCCUCGACCUAGCAUGGAAAGGUGGCAUGGAGAACCUCACCUGCAUCCAAAUCCUAACAUGGCUCCUCCUCAUUACGAAUCUUGGCGUGGUGCCCAACCAGUUAACCCUCCUGGCGGUGUUUGGUAUAGGGGGCCUCCUGGUCCUCCUUAUGGUGGCCCUGUACCUCCUGGUGGCUUCCCUAUGGAGCCAUUUCCUUAUUAUCACCCUCAGGUUCCGGCUCCUGGUCUGGGGAGCUCUCAGCCACUUCCUCCCGGUGCUGGCCAUCAUGGACAUCAUCCUAAUAAUGGGGAUAGGCCACAUAUGCCUCAUGUCCCACACUUGCAUCCCGGUAUGCCUAUGAGGCCUGGGUUUUAUCCCGGCCCUGUUCCUUACGAUGGUUAUUACAGACCUCCAAUGGGAUUUUGUAAUCCCAAUGAAAGAGAUUUGCCAUUUAUGGGAAUGCCAGUUGGACCUCCUGUUUAUGGUAGACAUGCAAACCAGAAUGCUCCUGAUCUUAAUAAUGCCCAUCCCAGAUCACGGGAAGGCAGAGGGCCGGAGCAAGUAGAGCCUGGUCCUCCACAUGAUCCUCGUGGACACUACAAGGUCUUAGGGAACCCGAGUGAUGGUUGGAAUCCGAAUGAUGAAGAGAAGUGGGGACAUAGAGUGACUAACAGUGGAUUAGUUCGUGAGAAGGGGAUUCUAUCGAGGACACCGCUGCAGGAGAAUGCCUGGGAAGAUGAUUACAAGAAGAAUGAGGAUAUUCAUUAUGGCAAAAGUACAAGCAUAGAAGUUUCUUCUCAUUCAUCUGAUAAGAAAUUUGCCUCUAAUAUUCAUUCUAAUAUGAAGUUUCCUGAACGUUUGAGCAAUAUAGAUGAAGCUCAGAUGAGUCCUGCUAUGGAUGAUGUAGCUCCUCCUCAAGAUCAUUCUUUGAUACAAAAGAUAGAAGGUUUAAAUGCCAAGGCACGUGCAACUGGUGAGAAACAGGAGGGUUUCCAUAUUGAGGAUUCAAAUGAUAGGGUACAAAUGGUUGAUGCCAAGAAUCAUCGAUACGUAAAUGAAGCUAAUUCUGAUGUUGUUCUGGAACGUCAUUUUCCUACCGGAGUCCUUGUCCCCGUGUCCCGUUAUAAUGAUGUUUCUGCUGCUGAUAGAAGUCAAGAAUCAGCAACUGCCAGCAUGACAGCCGCCCCCAGGAGACCUGUACGCGGAGCACAAAGUAGAGGCAAUCCUCAUGCAAAAGGAAGGUUUAGUGGGCAGGAGGCUGAGGGAUGGGGAAUGAAAUCUGAUUCUCAAUCCAUGCUGGAAGCCAGUUCCAGAUCUACUAAUAAUGAUCAAGUAGAAGAACACAAUGCAGCUGCUCAGACUGCGGAAUUGUCGCGAACUAAUGUUCAGGGGAAAGAUGAUGGAGAAUCUGUUGUGUCAAGUAUUGAUGCUAGUGACAUGCAGCGUGCUAAAAUGAGAGAAAUAGCAAAGCAACGUGCAAUUCAGUUACAAAAGGAAGAGGAAGAACGAGUAAGAGAACAGAAGGCAAAGGCACGUGCCAAACUUGAAGAAUUGAAUAGACGUGGUGCUAAUCAGGGUAUGGAAAAUCCAAAUCAGAAGGAAACCUCUGCACCACCUGGUCAUGUUUCAAAGAAGCAAGAUCUUUCUGGAAAUCAGCCUGAACCUGGUGUGGAUGCUGAUCACAGCACUGGGUCAAGUUCAGCUGCUUCCAAUAAUAUCGCUCAGAAUAAUGUUAAAAGUGCUAGUAAAUCUCUGGAUUCUGCUGUUUCUUCUAGGCAUCUGGUUGCAGAGCUCAAGAGAAGUGAUGAUCAGGAGGAUUCCUUUUCCUCUCGGAACGCAUUGCCAGCAGCUGAUACUAAUGUUGAUGAUGCUGUUAGUCACAGAACUGCACCUCAAGUUCGGGAAGUUAAGCAGAAGCGAGGCCACAAACAAAGGCAAAAUGUUCCUCUUGAGAAGAAUCCUGUACAAGACGCAAUUCCUUCUGGCAGAACAGAUAUGCUCAAAGAUCUCAAGGUUGCAAGUUCAGCUCAAGAAGUUACUGCUAAUGUUGUUGAUUCAGGGGUCAGAAAAGAGCAAGCUGAGUCACCUGUUACUGCUGCUGAUAUACCGGUUCAAAGAAAAAGAGUUAACAAGAGUGGGAAGAACAGGCACAAGGUAGAGGAGUUAUCGACGGGUGUUUCUUUGUCUGUAUCCCAGUUACAGGGUUCUGAUCUUGCUCAAGCCAAUCCUGAAAGUGGGGAGCAGUUUGGUUCUAGCUUGCAGGUUAAUUCCAUCUCUAUGCAGUUGUCAGUAGAUCCAAAAGAUGCUAUUCAAUCCUCUGAAAAUCACUCAUCAUUAUUACGUGAAGAUACUCAUGUUAGAGUGAAUAAUGCCUCGAAGGCUCAACAUCCUCGUAAGCCUAAAAGUUCUCAAAGUAAUAGGUCAUCAGAAAAAACUCAAAGCAAUGAUGCUGUUGUUUGGGCACCAGUUCGAACGCAUAAUAAACUUGAGGCCCCUGAUGAACCCAGCCAGAAGGCUGCUGAACCUUUAGUUUCUUCAGCAGCAGGAGAUAAUUUAGUGCAAAAUAGUUCCAGAACAAAAAGGGCUGAGAUGGAAAGAUAUGUUCCUAAGCCUGUCGCCAAAGAGCUGGCACAGCAAGUAAGUAUUCAGCAACCUUUAUCUCCUUCCAUUGUUCCAGCAGAAAUUGAUGGAAAUGGUGGAAGAGAGAAAGCUUCUCAUGGCACUGAGAAGGCAGGGGCUAGUACGGAUACCAAACAUGUGGAUAGUAAGAAUAGGCAUCAGAGGGCUCAGGGAUCGUGGCGUCAACGUUUUUCUGCUGAAUCGUCUAUCACAAGUUCCCAAGACAAUUCUGCCUACACUAAUAAAAAUAUUCAAACAUCUAAUGGAUCUCAUUCAACUGUUAAGUCUGAUGAAUCCUUUGUGAGGGGCAAACCAACUAGACUCGAUGAAUUCUCAGAGAAAGGACCACAAACCAGCAUAUCUGAUGGGUGGGAGUGUGCGAAUGAUUCCAGCUUGAAUUCAUUGGCUGCAGCCACUGGUCUAAAGGACCAGAUUCCAGCUGGAAGGGGGAAAAGGCAUCCAUAUAAGGGGCAAAAAGGCAGUGGGAAUUCUCAGAAUUUUGAUCACAAAGAUUCAAAUGUUGGUUUGACUGACCUGCAAUGCUCUCAUGUGGACGCAAAGCGAAUGGAGAAGACAGUGUCCUCAAAAGAAAACCGAGCAGCUGGUGAUCGCUCUGGGUCCCAUUGGCAACCCAAAACGGGCUAUGUAGCUGUUAAUCAGCAAGGAAACAGGUCUCGAGGGAGUCAGAAUACAAUUGCUGAAGACAGCAAGGCUUUGAAAAGCGAGACUGGUCCUAAUGCUGGUUUACAUCCUUCAUCACAACGCAAUCAAUCUGCUCCUAAAAAUCCAGUGCCAGCACCUGAAAAUAAAGGUGCAGUCGAAGCAAAACCCUUUAUGGUAUAUCAAGAAGCUAAGCGUGAUAAGAGAGUUGCUUCUGUUAAAGGGCGUCCUCAUUUUCCUAGUCAAGAACCAGAAGCGUCAAUAGGUGACUUUGAAUCGGAUUCAUUUGGAGCAAUGGAUGGACACAAUGAGCAGCGUCCUUUCUCUGGAAACCGCAAAAGUUCAAAUCACAGUGGUCGGUUUAAUAGAGGUCAUGAACCUCGUGGAGAUUGGAGCUCAGGAGCCCAAGAAAAUAAGCAGCAUUACUUGUCUGCUAACCGAGAGAGACAGAGGCAGAAUUUACACUAUGAGUACCAGCCUGUGGGACCACAUAAUGGCAGCAGUAGAUCAAAUGAGUCUGGGGUGCCAACAGAGAGUCAAUCUGGGGCUUCAAAAUUUCGGGAGAGGGGACAGAGUAAUUCAAGGCGCGGCAGGGGGAAUUUUCAUGGGAGGCAAAGUGGUAAUGAAGAUUGAUAUCUGAACCUCGCAUCCAGGAUUGAUAUAUUUCAAUCUGAUUCCUACUCAUUCAGAGAUCUAGCCGUAACGUCAUCCUCCCUCUGCAGCAGGCUGAGUAUUGAAGUUUGGUGGUUGACUGCUCACCUCGAGCAGGUCGAAUGGCUGCAGAUGGUGCAGAGAUGAAUCUUUGGGUUAGCUGAAGCUGGGAGGUGCUUUCAGAGUAUUUUCGUAAUGGUAUUUUGCUUUGUUUGAUUUUUGUUUUGAAAUGUAUGCACGUAACUAGGGUAGGUCAUGGUCAUGGAUUGUUUUGCGCGGUCGCUCCGGUAACUUUCACCAUUUUUGGCUAAUUGCCCUUGUAUGUAGUAAAUCCUUAUUCCUGGUGACCAAAUGACUGGCAAUCUCCAAUAUGGAAAUAGAAAUUGUUCUCUGA